AUGGCCCAGUCAAACUUCCCCACCCGCCAGCUCUCAUCCGACCAGUUUGUCGAGAGCUGCGGCACGAUUCUUUUCGACCGUUCAGAUCCGCAAUCGAAGAGAGUCUGCCUCGUCAACCUUGUAGAGAAAGACGAAUGGAUGCUGGCAAAGGGACGUCGUAACAUUGGAGAGACACGAAAGGAUGCUGCGCUACGCGAGAUAACUGAAGAGACCGGGUACUCAUGCCAUCUCUUACCUAUUCGUAUGUUCACUAGAGUAGCAGCCGGUGACGAGCCUCCAGAUACGCCGGAUGAGGCUCUCGUUCAUGACAGGCUCACUGAACCGUUCAUGUGUACGAUGAGAAGACUGCUACAUGGCAAGGGCGUAAAGCUCAUCUGGUGGUACGUUGCAGCGUUGUACGAAGAUGCUCAUGAUAGGAGAGAUCCAGGAGAAGAGAAGUUCAGCCCUCAGUUUUUCUCUUGCGAGAUGGCUGUUGAGAAGCUGUACUUCGAGCCCGAUCGCGAUGUUCUCAUAAAAGCCAUAAAAAUUGUCGAAAUACGAUAUAUAAUAGUACAUAAUCAUAGGACAUGUGAUUCAAUGGAUGUUGGUUACUUCCAGAAGUGA